UUGUUUGUGCGAACCAAAGAGGUGCAAAUAUAAAAUCGGCAAUAAGAGAUGUUGGAAACUACAUUGAUGAACAUACAAAGCAAAGAGGGUAUUUGGCAUCAGAAGGUGUUUAAUACAUUGUUGUAUUUCGAGAGAGCCGAAGUGAAGAUUCGUUGAAGGUCUCUGGUGCUGACUGACCAAAGUUUAAGGGGAUUUCCUCUGUAUUCCCAAUAGCAACUGUAUCAUCUCCUUCAGCCAUGGCUCCCUCACUGGCCACAGCUUUCUCCAGGCGCUGGUGGAUGGCAAUAACUGCAGUGAUUGAAAGCCUGCUGUUCUCUGCCGUGCUGCUCGGAUGGGGCUCACUGCUGAUUAUGCUGAAAUCAGAGGGCUUUUACUCUUUCCUCUGCAGAGAGCCAGGUAACAGUACAGAGCAGAAUGUGUCAGACAAUGGUACGACAACAAACCCUUCAGGUGAGGAGGAGUUCCUUCAGAUGAAUGGCUGGACCAUCUGUAAAGAGCAAGAUGAGAUGCUGAACCUGGCCUUCACCAUCGGCUCCUUCCUCCUCAGUGCCAUCACACUGCCCCUCGGCAUCAUAAUGGACAAGUACGGCCCACGCAAUUUACGACUGCUUGGAAGUGCCUCCUUUGCCUUCUCCUGCAUCCUGAUUGCAUAUGGAGCCAGCGACCCUAGAAAUCUCUCCAUCCUGAUCUUCUUCGCCCUGGCGCUGAAUGGGUUUGGAGGCAUGUGCAUGACAUUCACCUCGCUCACACUUCCCAACAUGUUUGGUGACCUUCGUUCUACAUUCAUUGCACUCAUGAUUGGCUCAUAUGCCUCAUCUGCUGUCACAUUCCCAGGAAUAAAGGUGAUCUAUGACCUCGGUGUUGCCUUCAUCACCAUACUGCUUGUGUGGGCUAGCUGUGCCGGCCUGGUCUUCAUCAACUGCUUCUUUAACUGGCCACUCGAGCCAUUCCCAGGACCUGAGGACAUGGACUACACUGUAAAGAUCAAGUUCAGCUGGCUGGGCUUUGACCAUAAGAUCACAGGCAAACAGUUCUACAGGCAGGUGACCACUGUUGGUCGGAGACUGAGUGUAGGCAAUUCCAUGAAAAACCCGCCAAAACAGUUGGCCACCCAGGAUGGCAAUAAACUCUGCCUUUCCACCCUUGAUCUAGAGGUCCAAUGCAAGCCUGAAGAGGAAUCCCAGUCCUUCAUGCGGAGCAUCUUCAGCCCCAUAUUCAUGCUCAGCCUCAUCACAAUGUGUGUGACUCAGCUCAGACUCAUCUUCUACAUGGGAGCCAUGAACAAUAUACUGGAGUCCCUUGCUGAAGGAGACCUAAACAAAGUGGAGAGGAUGGAAAUGGUGAGCAUGUACACAUCUAUCUUCGGGGUUCUGCAGUUGCUCUGUCUCCUGACGGCCCCCGUGAUUGGUUACAUCAUGGACUGGAAGCUCAAAGAGUGUGAGGAUGAGAAUGAGAAACAUGUUGCAAAGGAUCCUGCUCAACCAAAGAAACGUGACCGGCAGAUCCAGAAGAUUAGCAAUGCCACCCGUGCAUUCAUCUUCACUAACUUGCUGCUGGUCGGCUUUGGGAUGACCUGCUUGGUGCCAAACCUUCAUCUACAGAUUUUGUCCUUUAUGUUGCAUACCAUUGUAAGAGGCUUCAUCCACUCUGCAGUUGGCGGUUUGUACGCUGCUGUGUACCCGUCCUCUCAAUUCGGUAGUCUGACAGGAAUGCAGUCUCUUAUUAGUGCACUCUUUGCAUUGCUGCAGCAGCCCCUCUUCAUGGCCAUGAUGGGCCCACUGGAGGGGGAUCCACUUUGGGUAAACGUAGGGUUACUGGUCCUGAGCAUGCUGGGUUUCUGCCUGCCCAGCUAUCUUCUUUGCUACGGCAGGCAACUGCGCAGACAGAAGCAGGAGCGCGAAGAAGACCCCAAGAUCUAUGUACAGAUUAACAACAGCCCCAACCCUGAAGCCUUUGUCUAACUGUUCACACACAUAUGACAGCAGCCAGAAAGAGAGAGAGCAGGAGGAAGGAGAGAAACUGGGAGAGAGAUGACUGAAGGUCACAAGACGAGUGAUAAUACCUCCCUGAUCCCUCCAUCAGUCUGCACCUACACUCAAAAACUGAUGCAUUACCACAUCCCCCCACACACACACACAAACAUAUGUGACACACAAACAGGCACAAUUAAAGCCAAAGCAAGAGCGUUUCACCAUGUGCCACACAAACACGUUUACAUAUUCCCUAAACAAGUGGACUGAACAAACACUGUGAAAGGCAAGUCUCAGAGCUAAAGGCCACUUCCUCUGCUCUCGCCUUCUCUUCUUUAAUACAGAAGGCCAUACACCCAAAAAAUGAUGCACUUGUUCUGGAAAUAGACAAGGGCAACAUCUACACAUUAUGUAUUGCCGCCUGACAAGAAAGAAGAGAAAGGCACGCUCUGCCCUUCCCUCUUUUCCUGCGUUUAUCGUUUAUUUUUAGCAUUUCACUCAACGGUGAUACGAAAGGCGAACCAUUCAAAGCCCGUGAAAUUCUCUCAGAUUUGAGAAGUCCUUACGAUGCUUCCUCAACAGAGCAUUAUAUGUGUAUCACUCACUAGUGUUUAACCAGUAAUCAAGCUUGUUUGAUAUGCAAACUCAACCAAAACACUUUCCUCAUUGUUAGUUUGAAGAUUGAUUUUAAAUCAAUAUGAAGACUUUCCAUUUUCAUGCUCACAAAGCUCCUGAAAUGCAAGAUCUGUUUACAUUUUCAUUUCAGUUUGUUGUAUUUUUUUUUAUCAGUCAGACAAGCUGAAUGAGAAAAGAUGUGAACCCGCCAUUGCAGUUUGAAAAUGGCUAUACCAUAGAGGACCUUAUGGCACUUUUCCACUGCACGUUACGGUUCGACUAUGCUCGCUUUACUUUUCUGAGCUUGUUUUUCCACUGCAGUUUAGUGCCGUCUCAAUGUGGGUGGGGUUAUUAGACUGAUCGUCAUAGUUGCGCCGCCUCUACUGCUGUGACAUCAUCUUAAAAGCAACACAAAUAUUACUGUCCAUUAACAACAACACGACCGCUAGCUGUGAGCUACUAGCUCAUUGUGCUGCAUAAAGCAGUUGUUGCAUGGUGAAUUUAAAUGUGUAACAGUUGAAUUGGCCUGGUUGUUUUAGAAGCAAGAUUUCCAGUAGCUGGUCAACUAAUUAAAGUGAAGCUUUCAAGCAGUGUAUAGAGUUAAUGUAACAAAACAUACCAUCCUCCAUCGUGGACCCCAACAACGUUGUGGCCGAGUCCAGUGCACUCUCCCUCCCAUUGCCAUUGAUAGCGUCCAUUUGGUCGAACCACUUCAACUUUCUUCUGAUUGUACCACUCCGGCUGUUGUGGUCCUUGGUGGUUCUGUAGUCACUUUUAAGUUUUUAUUUUAUUUUUUUACUUUUUCCUACACCGUUGGUAGGUCCGGUAGUAGCCGUGUGCGGCCAACAGCUGAGACACUUCCUGAAAGACUUUUGUUUUGCAUCGUUUUGUUCGUCGCUAAUGAUAGGAUAGUCUGCACCUCGUUUAUUGACCACAGCAUGGUUUUGCUCACAGCCAUUUAUUUUUACAACUUGAAAGUUGUGUGAACAAAUUAUACUGCUAUCGCUGUUGCUAACUUUAAAACUAGCGGGUCAUGUGUCAAAUCCAGUGACGCUGGUUGUGACGAUUCUCUCUAACCAAUCAGUGAUCUGCAGGGAUUUGACGUCACAUUUAGUAUCGGUUCGGCUAGCUUGGAACCGAGGUGGUACUAAAACAAAGUACCAUGUACCAGGUACUAUCCACAGUGGAAAACCCCUAAAAAGCGAACAGAGUCCAGUCGAGCUAUACCGUGCAGUGGGAAAGCCCCAUUAGUGGGACAAUGUUCCCAGUCGUUAUCCCCCAUGAUGGCCCGGGUAGUUAAAACCACUUUAAAACAGAAAGAUACUGCACAAUCUCUGUCCCAGUUCUACCCUCUGCAAUUAGAGAAAUAUCAGGCCAUGCAGAAGGUUGCAGAGGCCAUAUGGGGUUGAAUCUAAAAUUAUAUUUUGGUUGAGGACUGGAUAAUUAUGGAUUUGCUUCACAUUCAGAUCAAGAGUGUCUGAUCUUCACCAGCAAUACUAUUCCACACUGAUCUUACAGUUAAUCUGAAGUUCUGCUCUCUAUACUACUUAUCCAUACAGCACUAUUGGUUGGUCUUCACUUGUUACCACAAAACAGUGUGUUUAUUUCCUCGUAUUAAUCAUUUGUUUUGACUUAAAUGUAAAAAAUUAUUCAGGGUGUUUCGCAUUUCAAGUAAUAAUAUUAAUUCAUAUCAGACUUAUCUACCUGCAAUAUGAUCCCUUCAAACUUUGCUCAGUCACAUGAUUAAGGUGCAUUGAAGGGUAGAAAUCGAGACAUGGUAUAAAGUAUACACAGUGUACUAGGGUAAAUAAAAGAUGUCAUGAUCUUGAAUAUCUUGCACUACAGUAAAAAAAGGUCUCAUAAUUACAAAGAUCCUUAUUUGAGCCAUUACAGAGUAUAUGCAUGCUGUUCCAUUCUCAGAUACAUACCCGUAAACAUGUUAGUCAUUCAAGAUACAAGAUUGAUGUUCUGGUCGGAUUACCAUUUAACAAAGGUGCUUAAGAGAGACGAGAGAGAGAGAGAGAGAGAGAACAAGAAUAGAACUGUUUUAUAUAUUGGUCAAGUAGUGGCCAUUUAGUUACUUCUACACGCACACACACACACCUUGUGGUGACAAGAACUUGAAUUUAAAGGGAUAGUUCACCCAAAAAUGAAAAUUCUCUCAUCAUUUACUCACCUUCUAUGGCUAUUCCAGAUGUGUAUGUCUUUCUUUCUUCUGUAGAACACAAAGAUUUUUAGAAGACUAUUUCUGCUCUGUAGGUUCUUACAAAGCAAGUAAAUGGUGACUAAAACUUUGAAGCUCUAAAAUCACAUAU